AUGGCCCCAUCAGUCGAAGUCGCCACUCCAGUCCCAGCUGUGGAUACGAAAGUCGAAGCCCAAAAGGCUGCAAGCUCUGGCUACGUUCGUGAGCCUCUGAAGUACUCUGGCUCGUUGGACGAAUAUAAGAGCUUCGACGUCACCCCCAUUAUCGGACGGGAGUUUUCUGACGUCCAGCUCGUUGAUAUCCUCAACGACGAGCAGAAACUCCGCGAUCUGGCAAUUACCGUCUCUCGCCGCGGCGUCGUCUUCUUCCGGAACCAGAGCAUCAACUCCGAUGACCAGAAGAUUCUCGGCCAGAAACUCGGUGAAUUGACAGGAAAGCCUGCCACCUCGAAGUUGCACCGCCACGCGGUGAACAACGCCGGUAGAAAGCUGACCGUCAACGAGCACGGUAAACUCGACGACGAAAUCUCCGUCAUCUCUUCUGAGACAAACCGCAAGUACUACGGAGACAGAUUCGUGAACAACUCGCGCCACCUUGCUAGUGAAGGGUGGCACGCUGAUAUCACCUUCGAGAGAGUCCCCUCGGACUAUGCAAUCCUGAAAAUCACCCAUAGCCCCGAAGACCAGACUGGUGGUGAUACACUCUGGGCAUCUGGAUAUGAAGUCUACGACCGACUCUCGCCGCCAAUCCAGGCUCUGGCGGAUACCCUGAAGGCAACUCAUCACCAGCCAUCCUUCAACAACAUCGCCAAAGAGCACGGAAUCGAGCUCAUCGACGGAGACCGAGGUGCACCUGAGAAUACCGGCUUCGAUUUCAAAGCUUCCCACCCCCUUGUUCGCACAAACCCCGUCACCGGCUGGAAGAGUCUCUUCGGAGCAGCAGGCCAGGUGGACAACGGCUGGAUCGAAGGCGUAACCAAGCGCGAGAGCGAGAUCCUGAAGAAAUACUUCCGGCAACUCAUCUCCGAGAACCAUGACCUGCAAGUGCGGUUUAAAUGGGGGACGAAUGACCUGGCUAUCUGGGAUAACCGCUCUGUUUUCCACACUGCUACGAAUGACUAUGAUGGAAAGCGACAGGGCAACCGCGUAGUGUCACUUGGAGAAAUACCAUACUACGACCCUGCGUCCAAGUCUAGACGUGAGGCACUGGCUGCUGAAGCUUGAAUCCAGAGGAUAUGAUGCUAUGCUAGUCACAAAUAUUUUGUUCUAUAUUUGUUACUCCAGAAUGCCAGUUUGACCAUCAGAUAUCUUGUAAUCCCGCCAAUUAUUAGAAUAGUAGACAAAUUAAAAAUAUUAGACAAUUCCAAACCACCUUGAGCGACGCUUCAAAAUACUGUCAUAAA